UGUGUGCGCCGUUCCCUGUUUUCCUGCUACGUAACCGGCGUUUGUUGGAAAACAACGCGGCAUUGUGGCUGCUCCCACUGACAGGACUCGUCGGUGGGUGGUGUAGCAGCCGCGGCCUCCCCGCGCCUCCGCCGGGCUCCGCUCUGGAGCUGCGGCCCAUGUGACUUCUGACGUUUGAACCGAGUCCUCCUAAAAAGAAUCCGAGGGAACGCGUGCGGCGAUCACGCAGGGACCCACGGCGGCUUCCUGACGCGCGCUUUGAGGAAGUCUAAAACUUCGCCGACGCGACGAUUGACUUCGGUCCCGGUCGACCCACUCGUGAUGUCUGGCGAACAGAGGCAGGGAGACGAGGCUAUGAGCCUAUACUCGGUAACUCUCAGCGGCCCAGCGCCCUGGGGCUUCCGGCUGCAGGGGGGCAAGGACUUCAGCAUGCCGCUCACCGUGUCGAGGCUGACCCCCGACGGGAAGGCGGCUCAGGCCGGCGUCGGGGUGGGAGACUGGGUGGUGUCCAUCGGUGACAGCAACGCGGAGGACAUGACCCACGUGGAGGCACAGAACAAGAUCCGGGCGGCGACGGACAGCCUCAGCCUCACCCUCAGCAAAGCUUUCAAAGCGGGUGGAGACCAGAAGGACCCGCUUGCUCCGGCUUGUGUUCCCAAGUACUCCUUUGCCCCCAGCGCGGCCAUUAACAAGAUGGCGCGGCCGUUCGCAGCGGGUGGUGCUGGUGCCAGCUCAGGACCCGCCGUUAAACCUGUGUCUUACUCGCCCAAACCCAGCGCGCCGCGCUCGCAGGGCCGCGCCGCCGCCGCCGCGCACAACGGCCUUGAGCCAACUCCCUCACCUGCCAAGGCCCAGGCAGCAGAAAAACCAGAUGGCUCCAAGGCGGCAGCUGCCUCUUCCUCCUCCUCCUCCUCCUCCUCCUCCGCCCGCAGCUCGGGCCCGUCCCACCGACCCCCGUGGGUCACCGACCCCCACUUCGCCGACCGCUUCCGCCCGGACAGGACCAGCACCGUCCUGACGCAGCACCAGCAGCCGGCGCAGCCGACGCCCAUGCAGAGCCGCAGCUCCAUCCUGCAGGCGGCGCAGCAGGCGCCCGACGACGGCGGCAGGACGCCGGUGUGCGGCGCCUGCAACAAAAUCAUCCGGGGUCGGUACCUGGUGGCGCUCGGCCACUCCUGGCACCCCGAGGAGUUCACGUGUUCCCAGUGUAAGGCGGUCCUCGAGGAGGGGGGCUUCUUCGAGGAGCGCGGCUCCGUCUACUGCACCAAGUGCCACGACAACCGCUACGCGCCCAACUGCGCCAAAUGCAAGAAGAAGAUCACGGGGGAGAUCAUGCACGCCCUGAAGAUGACCUACCACGUGCAGUGCUUCAAGUGCGCCGCCUGCAAGGCUCCCAUCAGGAACCAGGCCUUUUACAUGGAGGAGGGCGAACCCUACUGCGAGCGAGACUACGAUAAGAUGUUUGGCACCAAAUGCCAUGGCUGUGACUUCAAGAUCGAUGCCGGGGAUCGGUUCCUGGAGGCCUUGGGCUACAGCUGGCACGAUACAUGCUUCGUCUGUGCUCUCUGUCAAAUCAACCUGGAGGGGAAGACGUUCUACUCGAAGAAGGAUAAGCCCCUGUGCAAAGGCCAUGCCUUCGCUCCAGUGUGAGAGAGCGAGCCUCGUCCUCACAGGAAGCCAGACCUCCCUCUCUCCCUGCGGCUCACUCACACACACUUUACAUCUCCUCUGGCAGCCACACACCUAGUUCUGAUCAGGUUUUCCCUCCUCACCCUGCAGACUCUGUUUUUAUACUUGAUGCUAACAUCACAUUUCUACCGCACUUCCAGGACUAUUGAACCAUCACUACCUGUAAGAGCAGCCGCUUUAACUGGAAGUAGUCAAGACUUUGUGAUAUCCUGUCACCGCCUUGUGCCUUUAAGUCGCCUUUGACGAAGCGAAGUCGCAUUAUUAUUAUUAUUAUUAUUAUUAUUAGAUAUGAUGACAGCCUAGUGAAAAAUCCUCUCGUCCCUGCUAAUUUGGUCCUUGUUCCAUCUGAAGUAAGAUCAGUUCAAUAUCAUCCAGGUUGAAGGAGUCAUUGAGCCUCUAAUAACAUCAUAGCGCAGUAAUGAUCUGCCACAGUUGUAGCGAAGCGGUGCCCCGUUCAGGACCCUGGCCCACUCACUGACUCCUGCUGCACUGCCUAUUAACAUAAUGGCUAUCUAGUCAAGCAGAAAGGGGGGGGGGGGUUCCCUAUUUCAGCUCGACUGGACCUCACCACAGGAGCACUAACGGCUUUACUAAUCACUGCAGCUCUAGAAAGUCUGAGCACCUCCUGCAGGUAAUAAAAUCCUUUAUUAAUAGAUUUUAAUAAUCACUUGUGGGUGAAAGUGCUGUUGUUGUUUUCAAAUGCUUCACACUUAAAGUUUCAUUUGCAAUUGUUGGACAUUUCGACGGAAGACGUCAAAAGCUGUCGCCCAUGUUACUGUUAGCGUACGAGCCUCUGAGCGUGUGUUUAUCAGGCUUCAGCGUCUAUUGGAGGGUGAAACUCAAAUGGACUAAUUUAGUAGCGCCAUGUGCUCGGGCAGAACGCAGCAGUGUUUUCACAGAUGCACCGUAUGUUGUUUGAUCAGCCAGUGUUCAGACAUUAGUCUUUGCUUAGCUGUUGUUGAGCCAAACGCCGCAAUAACUUCAUCCAGUGUUUUCCCCCUCCAUAGAAAAACACUAAGUGCCUUUAAUCUUUACAGAUUUCCCGCUAUGACUCAAAUAAAAACUUAUUGUGCA